CAACCUCAGCUAUCACCAGCACAGUGAAAACUGACAAAGGAAUAGUACCUACUGUGGAAUAUCUAGUGUAAACGAGUUCAUCCACAUUUUCACGGAUAAAUGAUUGCUAGUCCUUGAUAACAUGGAUGUGGAAGUAUAGGACUGCAACUGGAAAGGAUCCAAUAUGGCUGCACAGAGAAUCCGGGCUACGAAUAACAACAACGUGCUUCCCCGCUGCAAAUCAGAAGGGACCCUUAUCGACUUGAGCGAUGGGAUACCUGAGCCAAGCUUCAGUGAUGUUGAAGUGCCUUCUCCAAGUGCCUUACUCCUGGAUAAGUCUGCCUCCUUUGGAGAUGCACGAGAAGUCGUUGCCAUCAAGGACUACUGCCCCACCAGCUUCACCACUUUGAAGUUCUGCAAGGGAGACCACCUGUAUGUGCUGGACGCCUCCGGAGGAGACUGGUGGUAUGCCCACAACACCACCGAAAUGGGCUACAUUCCUGCUGCCUACGUCCUGCCGGUCAACCAUCGUAACUCCUCUCUCAGCGACAGUGGGAUGAUAGACAACCCUGGAGACAGUGCCAACGAGGGAGCCAAAGAACUUGACUUCCUUGGGGAAUGGACGGAGGUCUUCACAAAUCAGUCUACCAAGACGUAUGAGAACAAUCCCUUUCUGAACUGCUCCUCUACCAACCCCUUUCUCAACGGAAUUGUGCAGCCACCGCAUGAUCAGAAUAGUAGUGAGCAGAUAGGUUUGAAAGCGGUGGACUUGCUUCUCUUUGACUCCCUUUCUCCCAGCUCCCCUACAACCAACAGUUUCAGCAACAGGAUCUUUGACAAUGCUCCCUCUAGUCCCAAGCUGGAAGUGUGCCGGGCGCUGAGACAGGACAAUCCUUUCUUCAGGAGUAAGCGUUCCUACAGCCUUUCGGAGCUCUCUAUUCUCCAAGCCCAGUCCAAUGCUUCUUCUGUCUCCUCUGGGUUCUUCUCCGGUUUGAAAGCCCCUGCCCCAGAGCAGUUCCAGAGCAGGGAGGACUUUAGGGCAGCUUGGUUGAAUCAUCGGAAGCUGGCCAGAUCUUGUCAUGACUUGGACUCUCUCGGCCAGAACCCAGGCUGGGGUCAAACGCAACCGGUGGAGACAAACAUAGUGUGCAAACUGGAUAGCUGUGGUGGGACUGUCCAGCUACCAGACACCAGCAUCAGUAUUCACGUCCCUGAGGGCCACAUGGCUCCUGGAGACACCCAGCAGAUUUCCAUGAAAGCCCUGCUAGACCCACCGCUGGAGCUCAACAGUGACAAGUACUCCACAGUGAGCCCGGUGGUGGAGAUCAAGCUGAGCAACAUGGAGGUCAAGACCUUUAUCACCCUGGAAAUGAAAGUGUCUGUGGAGGUGAAGAAGGACAGCAGAAACACAGCUGAUGUUGUCUGCGUUAGGAGUGACUGCAAAGAAGGGCCUUACUUCCCGAUGCCCCAAGCAUACAUCUUUGGGGACACUGUGCAGGUGCAGCUUGACAACUUGGAGCCCUGCAUGUAUGUGGCAGUGAUCGUUCAAGCACAGAAUCUUAUGCAGCCCUCCACAGUAUGGGAUCAUGUGGUGAAGAAAGUCACUCUUGGUGUGUAUGGGCCUAAACAUAUCCAUCCCUCCUUUAAAACCGUGGUGGCUAUUUUUGGGCACGACUGUGCACCCAAGACCCUAAUGGUGAGCGAGGUGGGGAAGCAGGCCCACAGUGCCCCUCCAGUGGCCCUACAGCUAUGGGGGAAGCACCAGUUUGUGCUCGGGAGGCCACAGGACUUGAAAAUCGGAAUGUAUUCCAACAUGUCCAACUACGAGGUCAAAGAGAACGAGCAAACCAGGAUCGUACGGGGGUUUCAGGUGAAACUGGGGAAAGUGAGCCGAUUGAUUUACAUGAUCACAUCCCGCAAUGUGGAUGACCUAUCAGACUUCACCCUCCAGGUUCAAGUGAAGGAUGACCAUGAAAGCAUCCUAGCGCAGUUUUGUGUACAGACGCCUCAACCCCUGCCAAAAACAGGGGUACGGACCACAGGGCAGAGGAGGUUCCUCAAGAAGAAAGAGGUAGAGAAGAUUUUAUUGUCUCCACUUGCUGUAACAAAUAAAUAUCCGAUGUUCCAAGACCGAUGCAUCACCAGUUUAAAGUACGGCAAGCUCCUCAAGACCGUGAUGAGGCAAAACAAGAACCAGUACCUCUUGGAGUACAAGAAAGGAGAUAUGAUCGCGCUACUUAGUGAGGAGAAAAUCAAAUUGAAAGGACAGUUGUGGACCAAAGAGUGGUAUAUAGGGUACUAUCAAGGCAAGAUAGGACUUGUGCAUGCCAAAAACGUGCUGGUGGUCGGCAAAAUCAAACCUAGCUUUUUUGGGUCUGAUCUCACGACUACAGUACUUCUGGAUCAGAUUUUGAAACCUUGCAAGUUCUUGACGUACAUCUAUGCAUCAGUAAGGACGAUGCUGAUGGAGAACAUCAGCAGCUGGAGGUUGUUCGCCGAUGCGCUGGGCUACUACAAUAUGCCACUGUCAUUUUUCUGCCGGACUGAUUUGGACAGUGAGCCGGAAAAGGUGGCCUCGGUGCUGGAGAAGCUGAAAGAGUAUUGCAACAACGGCGAAGACAAAGAGAGGAAGUCCUUCCAGAAGUACCUCAUGACAGCCUUGCUGAAGAUAGACUGCCAGGGCCUAGUUGCCCGGCUCAUCCAGGACUUUGUGCUGCUCACCACGGCUGUGGAGCUGGCUGCAAGGUGGAGGGAGCUGGCAGAGAAACUGGCCAAGGUCUCCAAACAACAGAUGGACGCCUACGAAGCUCCUCACAGAGACAAGAAUGGGGUGCUUGACUCUGAGGCGAUGUGGAAGCCAGCCUAUGACUUCCUGCUGACCUGGGCUGCCCAGAUGGGGGACAGCUACCGUGAUGUGCUCCAAGAACUCCAUGUGGGGCUGGACAGGAUGAAGAACCCCAUCACCAAGCGCUGGAAGCACCUGACUGGCACACUCAUCCUCGUCAAUUGCCUGGACAUCCUGAGAGCUUCAGCCUUCAGCCCUGCCGUGCAGGACGACGUCGCCAUUUAACACCCCGUUCAUUCUACCUGUGGACGUACAUGCACGUGACAAAGUGUCUGAGUGGAUGCAGGUGCAGAGGUAAUGCAGUGCGGUAAUGAACAGAGAGGUUUUAUCUGGUUUGUAAAAGUGCUGUUUAUUUUUUUUAUCCAGGUCUGGUGACGAACAAUAAUAAUAAACAAUAACGGGGUUCAAUGACAGAUGUUUUGAUGAGGUGUCUUUCUCAGGGACAUUGAAGACUAGGGGGUGCUGAUACUUGAGUAAUUACCUUUAAGAGGCAUUUGUCCUCAGAUAUUAAAUGAAUCUAUUCACUAAUGUGUUGUUCCCUAUCAAGUAUGAAAUGUAAGCAUUACCUAAUGGGUAUUUAUCCUUAAAGACCCUGUAACCUGAAUAGAUAUAACAAAGACUGCUUGUCAAAGCCUGUGACGCAGUCAUACCGGCCCCCGAGGGUAUAAAUAGACUGCACGCACAGAUCUCAAUAUCAUUUUUAAUUUCUGCUUUUAACUGCUUAUUCACUUGUGUAAUUACCCUGUUUAUGAUUACAUUUUAUUAAGUGACUAUAGUAAUUGCUAUUUACAUGUUGUGCACUCAGCCAUGGUUUUCGGCUUUCCCCAGUCUUAGGGCUGUGUUGGUUUGCCAAAAACUAUAUAGGUGGGCAUCCCUAUAUAUUGCUUCUGCAGUAACUGUAGAUCACAGACCUGCUCCGUUCCCAACCCGGAAUACAUACAGCAAACGUGGUUACUGCACCGGGGUACCCGAAUCGUACUGUACUGAGUGUACAACCAAACAGGACCGUACGUAAGGUAUCAUGACAUUUCCAAGGCCAGUCUCCCAGUAGAGGAGAAGCAAGGCAGGUGCUCUUCCUGUUUGGGACUGAAGCAUGCAAAGGAGGCAUUCGCAGACUGCAGUUUCUGUGAGUUCUGUGUGUCCUUCUCUAAGCGUACGCUAGAGAAACAGAUGAUUCACAGCUCUGUGGCGCGGUCCACAUCUAUAUCACCAAGACAGGGCUCCCCAGCAUCAUCCAUUUAAAAGGAUGGCUGCAUCCUCCUCUGAGGGCGCUGUGCCAAGGGAAAGCAGGAGAGUUGAAUAAGUGACAUGGUAUUCCUUGUCAUCCCCUGCCUCUCCCUUCCCUCCUCCUGUUUCUAAAAGAAAUAGGAGAAAAUGUCGCUGGCCUCAGAUCAGAGGACUCUGAAAAGCUGGACAAGCUCUGGGAAGCUGUUUUCCAGCAAAGUACAAUACUGGUUGAGCUGUUGCAUGAGGGAACUGCUUCACCAGCCCCCGCUGUUCUUCUGGGUCAACAAGGGGCACCAAGUGCAGACUCGCAACAAGACGAUCUGCUUUCCAUUGCCACCUCUGAGGAGAUGGGUGAUCCAGAGUUACUCUCUGAGGAGGUAGAGCCAGUGGCUCACCCUUCUCUGUUGGCAGAGCUUCUGCUUCUGAUUAAAAGAGGUACUAAAGCAUUACAAGUCCUGUGGUUUAUUGACGAGACACGGAAGCAGUCCAUUUUUGAGGAUGAGCCUACUUCCUCUCAACCCCCCACCCCGCUCCCCCAGUGCACCCGGAUUUUCUUUUCGAGGUGCACUCAUCUUGGGGUCACCCAGCUACAGCUCUGUCUGUUUCCCUGUCUUUGGGGACUUUGUACAGCAUCCAUGAGGCAUGGAAACUCAGCUUGGCUGAGUUCCCUCCAAUAGCUUCUUUGAUGGAGGCACCCAAGUUAGCACUCCUUAAUAAAGACAAUACCUGCCCAAUAAACAGUGUCGGGUCUCAGAGGUGAUCCUUAAAUGGGCUUAAUCAGCUAGUGUGUUCACUGCACCGCUAGGGUAAUUUAUAACAGCAUUUUGGUAGCUUACCAAGGAUGUUUACUUAGGUCUCUCUCCCAGAACCACAGACCCACACCACAACAGUUAGAUGAGCCACGGCUUGUUAAUAAAAUAUUGCUCGUUAUCUCUAAGCUGAAAAGACAGGCGGUGGGAAGGAAUUUCUCCCAAGGUGGCUGACGGGGAUAAAGCAUUACUGUGGAUUACACCUGGGCAUACUUUUGGACCCUCUGUAGAUGAGAUGCUACAAUGCUGUCAACGCAAAAGAGAGUCCAUAAAAGAGGAGCUGGUGCACGUGCUCCCCAAGCAGCCAUAUCCAGUAUGCCAGCUGCUACAGCCAGAGCGGGAUUUCAUAACCGGCCUGCAGCUGCACAUCAGGAGAACUUUAACAAGUUCCACCAUUAGGUGCACAGGCAAAAGCCUCAGGCUAUGCGUCAAGCCAAGUAAUAGCCCUAGCAAUUUGUUGCCACAGACCCAGGGCCCCUUUUCAGGGAGUCACCUGGAGCAUUGGUGUCAAAGCACCACAGACAACUGGGUGCGUACUACUGUACAGACUGGUUAUUGUCUGCAAUUCAAACACAGUCCCCCUCCCUUCUGGGGCGUGACUAAUACUCUAGUCAUGGACUCACGAGACGCCAUGGUGUUGUCUCAGGAGGUGACAGCCCUUUUGCACAUGUGCCCUCUCCAAGCCUGGUUCAACAGCAGGGUUUUUCAGCCUGCAUUGAACCGUGGCCGCCUGCUGACAGUGUCUCGGAACUGUUUGGAGGCUCUUUCCUGGUGGACACAGCCUACUCAUCUGUGCUUAGGUGUAGCAUUGGACAGCGUCACCAGAAGGGAGGUCAUCACCAUGGAUAUGUCCAGUCUAGGCUAGGGUGUGGUGUGGAAUAUCAGUGGAGCGCAAGGGGUGUGGAACCCCUUGUGGCUUGGGUUCGAUAUCAAUAUUUUGGAGCAGGCAAUGUUUCUAACCUUGCAAAAUUUUUACAGGAGGUUCAAGGGAGACAUGUGUUUGUCCGGAUGGACAACACUACCGUGGUGGCUUUUAUAAACCACCAAGGCGACCCCAGGUCUCCUAGUCUCCAUUGAGUAGCCCGCAAGCUGUUGCUAUGGGUGCACAAUUACCUUCUCUCCCUGCAAGCAACACAUCUGCCUGGGAUUAUAAACUGGGAAGCAGACCUCUCAAGGGGAGUCCCUAGUGCCUCAGAAUGGAGGCUUUACGAAGAUGUGGUGAGCCGCAUUUGGUAACGAUUCGGGAGAGCACAGGUGGACCUGUUUGCUUCCCAGGAUUCAACAGAAUGUCCCCUCUGGUUCUCCAUAACAGGAAUCAGAGACCCACUGCCAAUAGAUGUCUUGGUGCACCAGUGGCCAAGACAGCUUCUGUAUGCUUUUCACCACUCGCCAUGCUCCCAUUGUGUCUGGACAAGAUCAGACAGGACCAGGCCAGGGUGCUAUUAGUAGACACUUAUUGGCCCAGGAGACUGUGGCUUUCAACCUUGAUACAGCUCCUGAGUGGUCAGCCGUGGAGAUUGCCGAUAUGCCGCGACCUGCUCAGCCAGGCAUGGGGGACAUUGUGCCAUCCAGACCCAUGGAGCCUGCAGCUCUGGGUCUGGCUCCUGAACUGCAACAUCUGAGCCAUCUAGGGAUAUCUAAUAGGGUCAGAGACACCCUACAAAAUGCCAGAGCGGCGUCCACGCAUUCCUAGUAUGGGUACAAGUGGAGUGUGUUUCAAAAGUGGUGCCUGUCCAAGGGUUUUGACCCCAUGACCUGUCCCAUGGCAGUGCUACUGCAAUUUUUACAGGACCUAUUUGAUGAGGGGAGCCCCUCCUCUAUACUAAAGAUCUAUUUGGCAGCCAUUUUGGCUUACCAUACUAAGAUUGAUUCAGUCUUGGCAGGAACUCACUUCCUGGCAGGGCAGUUUUUAAAGGGUGCUUGGCAGCUUCGGCCACCUAUGAAAGAGACUGUCCCUCGUUGGAGGCUUAAUGUGGUGCUUGAAGCAUUUAUGAAGCCCUCCGUUGAGCCCUUGCAUUCAGCAGAGCUGAAAUAUUUUUCUAUGAAAGAGGCUUUUGUGCUUGUAAUCAUGUCCGCUAGGCAGGUGGGAGAGAUGCAAGCAUUUUCAAUUGCAAAAGCCUGCAUAAUUUUUGUAGAAGCCAGGGCAAAAGUUACGCUUCGCGCCAAUCCUGCUUUUUGCCGAAAACCAUCUUGGCAUUCCACAUUAACCAGACGGUGGAGCUUGAUGCUUUUCAUGCGCCUCCUUUCUAGUCUGACAAGGAGAGAUGGCUCCAUAUGCUUUAUCCAGUGUGGGCUUUAGCGUAUUAUGUAGACAGAACUCAGGCAGUCUGAACAGUUUUUCACCUGUUACCUGAGCCACGGAAAAGCUCUGUCGAAACAGAGGCUGUCAAAAUGGAUUAGACACAGUUAAGACUACCUAUGAGCAGGACAACUUGCCCCCUCCAGAAAAGCUCAUUGCCCAUUCAACCAGGGGCCUUGCGAUUUUGUGGACUUUGUUCCAGGGCGCAUCUGUCAGGGACAUAUGCGAUGCAGUAGUGUGGGCUACUCUGCAUACUUUUAUGUUGUUCUAUCGGCUGAAUGUCAUGGAUCCACAAAACCAUGGUUUUGGAAGGAGAGUGUUAAGGGUGGCCUCAGGAUAGACAUAGACAUAGAGGCGAGUUCUCCUUCAAAAUCUUUAGCUCCAGCUACUUGUACUGGUGUUCUUAACGUUAACAUGCAAGGUGGCCUUGGCCGUGCUUGUGGCAUUUCAUUUGCAAUAAUUGCCUUGCGACACCUUUGCUAUUUCUACCCAUUAGGUAAUGGUUACAUUUUGUACUUGAUAGAGAACAUUAGGUUAUUAUCAUAA